AGAAUGGAAAGCAUAAUGCCCUUCUACAGACAUCUAACUCACCCAGCUUUCCCUGCUCAUUUCCUUGGUCUCAACAAGGCCCUCCCCUUGAACAGCUGCCAGGUUAGUUUUCUGUUAGUUUCUGUUCCCCAAAGAAUCCUCCCCUUUCUAAGCUUUUGGUUUAAUGAAGCAGCAGCAGCAGCAGCAGCAGCAGCCAUGUCUUUUAGCCAGCCUCCCUACCAGGAUCCGCCCAUUCCAUUUUCUGGACCUAUCCAGGGUGGACUCAAGGAUGGACAUGAGAUCACUGUCAAUGGGUCGGUCCUUCUUACUGAUGGGAAUAGUUUUGCUGUGAAUUUUCAAUGUGGAUCCACUGGAAACAUAGUCUUUCAUUUCAACCCUCAAUUUGAAGAUGGUGGCCAUGUAGUAUGCAAUACAAAGACAUUUGGUUCCUGGGGGCCCGAAGAGAAGAAGAUGCAGAUGCCUUUUCAGAAGGGAAAAUGUUUUGAAAUUCGUUUUCAGGUUCGCAAUGAAGGCUUCAAUGUGUUGGUGAAUGGGAAUUAUUUUGUUCAGUACCCGCACCGGAUCCCUUUCCAUGAGGUGGAUACCAUCACAAUUGAGGGCAUAGUGCAGGUGUCCUCCAUCAACUUCCAGCCUCCAGACUAUGCCUGGCCACCUGCUCCUUCUACUGUCAUCAUGAUGGUGACAAAGGCACAGGAUGAGAUUUCUACCAAAACCCUGGGGGAAAUAGGAAAACCUUUUCUAUCUAGAGAGUAUUCAAGAUUAACCUACUCAAAUUCCUGGCAUCAAUUUUCUUCCACCGGUACCCAGGGUAAGAUUUUCAUCACUGAUCAUUCUAUGGCCUCAUCCAUUCAUUCAUUUAUCCAUCUCCCACCCUUCAUCUGUUGAAAUAGACUGAGUCAUGUACUGUGACAAGAGCCAGGGUCUAGGAAUGCUAGAC